CAGUCAAUGCCGUGCAGCGGAAGAAGAUCCAAGCGGUCAGGAACUCAACUCAUCAUCUCCAUUAAGAGCUCUGGAUACACAUUUGUUGAAUGUGUAGGAUUUCAUAUACAUUUUUAUCGAUGUGAUAUCAGCGGCCGUUGCAAGCUUUCCGUUCAAUGCCUAACGCUGCAGAAGACCAGAAAACAAACCAGUCAGGGCCCGACAACACGGGCACAAUGCCCCAGCACUCCGCGAGCAGAGAGGAUGAGCGCAGCCUGUUGGGCCCCCUGGGCAAGGAGGCCCUGAGGGGCCGCCGGGCCUCCAGUGCUGAGCUGCAGCUGCCCUGGACCUGCCCCGUCACUCACUCCCGGGAGAAGUUCUACACCGUCUGCUCCGACUACGCCCUCCUCAACCAGGCAGCCUCCGUGUACCGGCCCUCCGGGAGCUCCAGGGAAGCGCUGCCACCCAGUCAGCCGGACGGCCGAGCCCCCUUUGGGAUGUCCAACUCUGGGGACGACUACUCCAAAGGCCAGGCUGGUGGUGAGGAUGGGGGUGUGGAUGGGGACUGUGACAUGGAAGAGGUGUCUUCAGACGGCAACGUGAAAAGAAUUUUGGCGUGGGAAAUCGACACGACAGACUUUGAUGCGGUGCUCACCCGGAAAAUCGGGACAAGUAAGCAAGGCAACAUAAAGAAGUCCGGUUCUAAGAAGAUGAAGUCGCAAGACAGACCCAGCCGAAACCUGCAGGAUGUUCCUUCACACGCCUCCCCAGACGACAUCAAGCAGAGGAAGGUUCUCGACCUCAGGAGAUGGUAUUGCAUCAGCCGCCCCCAGUACAAGACCUCAUGUGGAAUCUCUUCUCUGGUAUCCUGUUGGAACUUCCUGUACAGCACUCUAGGAGCAGGGAGCUUGCCACCCAUCUCACAAGAUGAGGCCUUGGAGAUUCUGGGAUUCCAGCCACCUUUUGAGGAGAUCAAGUUUGGCCCUUUCACAGGAAACGCCACUCUGAUGAGAUGGUUCAGGCAGAUCAAUGAAAACUUCCGAGUCCGUGGAUGUUCUUACAUUCUGUACAAACCCCACGGGAAGCACAAGACGGCUGGAGAAACGGCCGAGGGAGCGCUGUCAAAGUUGACCCAGGGGCUCAAGGAUGAAUCCAUGGCUUACAUUUACCACUGCCAGAACCACUACUUCUGUCCAGUCGGCUUUGAAGCUACACCACUCAAAGCCGCCAAGGCGUACAAGGGGCCUCUGCCAAUGAAUGAAAUGGAGCACUGGAUUCUGAUUGGAGAACCGAGCCGGAAGCACCCAGCUAUUCACUGUAAAAAAUGGGCUGAUAUUGUCACAGAUCUCAACACACAAAACCCAGAUUACCUGGACAUCCGACACACAGAGAGGGGCAUACAGUGUCGCAAAACCAAGAAGAUUGGAGGGAACCUGCACUGCCUCAUGGCCUUUCAGAGGGUGAACUGGCAGAAGCUAGGACCCUGGGCUCUGAACCUGGAGAACCUGCGUCACGACCUCCACCACCAGGGCGGCGACAGGGCGCAGGGAAGCACUGCAGAGGGCUCGGAGGACAAGGCCUCGGCCAGGCACCUGUCUUGCCUGGGUCGCUCCCACAGCACGGGGAACCAGAAGGGGGUGGCGUGGAAACGCCUGUCCAACACUACCGAGUACCGGCACCGGAGCUCUCCAGAGAGCGACCUGGAAGAAGACGUCACUGACUGAUGCCGGCUGGGCGUCACGGCCGGCAUGGAUGGAUGCCGAGUUCUCCACGCUGCUGAGUCGCUUUCUAGAUCAAGAGGUUUUGAACGCGCUACCACAUCAUGAUGUAAACCAAAAUAGAGGGGAAGGUCUUAUCGUAACCAUGGGUUACAUUCCUAGGGCCUUCAAGACUUUACUUAUCUGCACAUGGAUUUUGUGGGUCGCUACAUAGGGGCAGGAUAGAAUGAUACUGAUAAAGUGCCAUGCACUUCAUAAGUCCUUAUAGUGUAUUGCUUUUAAUCGUUUAGUAGUGUUUAGAAAACCACUAUUAAUCUCAAUGUCUGACAUUGUUGCAUAUACAACGAAGGAAGAACUAUCCUAAUUCAUUACUGUUUAGGAAACAUAAGUCAAAGGCGUGUGUUUUUAAACGGGACGAAUAUACAGUACAGUGACUUUUUUAUAAAGGUCUUUUAAACUAAUGACUGAGCGGCCGACAUUCAGUGUUGGCCCUUUGUGAACCCCGGGGUGUGCAAUACCAAGACAAUCUGUUCUAGAACACUGAAAGAGAGAACCAGAAUGCUACGUUUGUAUACGGACGUCAAGUAAGAGGUCAGGAUGAUAGGAUCAAUUAUGAUGUAUUUCUAUGUAUUGGUAUAUUCGACCUUGUCGGGAUGCAGGAGGAGAGGAUUGCAUGCUUGCUUCUGUAGUUGGUGUGUAGUUGGUUUCUCUCCCCACUGUAAACCUCUCUGGUGGGCUGACUGGCCCAAUCUUUGCUGUAAAUGUGUCUUUCCAGUAAAUCUACCAUAGUCAAGCCUCCUUUUUUGUUUUAUAAAUAAAUUAAGAUUUCUAUACA